GGUUUCGUGAUUAGAUACGUGUUUGUCUUAUAAUCCAUACCUUUCCUCUUGUGUCUUCCUUAUAUAUAUACUAUGUAGCUUCUUGGCUCAUCAAAUACUCACUGUUAGAUAAGAUCUUCAUCGCUUGUAUUUUUGCAAAAAUACUCUGUUCUUUUCUAUAUGGACAGGAGUCACCAUGACAUUAAAGAUUCCGAUCCGAGAUAUGGUGAAAAUGGUUGGCUCUUUAAGAUAUCAACAAGGCAUCGAUAUCGUUGAAUCAAUGAAAACUAGCAAGAGAGAGACGCUGGUGGAUGAGAAGAUCUAUGUAGCAGUGUCAGUGAAAGACCUAGAGAACAAGUCUACUCUCGUUUGGGCGAUACAGAACAGUGGAGGCAAAGAUUUUUGCAUCGUCCAUGUUCAUCAACCUAUCCAAAUCUCAGUCCCGGGGGAGAUGUUUCAUGACCAGAAAGUACGGCUUUAUAGGAAAGACAAGGAGAAAGCACAUAAGAAUUUGGAAAAGUACCUUCAUAUAUGCAGGCAAAUGCAGGUCACUGCAGAGAUAAUAUAUAUCGAGAUGGAUACGGUGGAGGAAGGUAUCCUCCAAUUGAUAUCUCAGUGCAGAGUUACAAAACUCGUCAUGGGAGCAGCAGCUGAUAGACACUACUCAAUGAGAAUGAGAAACUUACAGUCCAAGAAAGCUAUUUACAUUCACAGAGAAGCACCUGUUACUUGUCAGAUAUGGUUUACGUGCAAUGGAUACCUAAUUUGUUCAAGGGAAGCUGGAAGAACAGAGAACUUGUAUCUAGAAUCUGCAUCGCCAAUUUCUUUGAGACAAUCCGAGAUCACUAGAGUAAAUGAAAGUGCUCCAAGCUAUAGUAUGGUUAAAAAUGAUGAUGGGAUCAAAGUAAUUGUCACAGAAGCUGAGAAUUCGAAAAGGAAAGCACGCUUUGAGGCAUCUAAGCGUGAUGAAGCUGAAAAAUCUGCAGUUGAUGCACUCAAAAAGGUACCAAAAGUUUCUGUUAACAAGUGCUUUUGCUUAGAAUUAGUAUCAAACUUUUAUAACUCAAAAUUGCAGGCUAAACAAUGGGAAACUGUGUACUUCGAGGAGUUGAAGCGUAGGAAAGAAAUAGAUAAGGCUCUGAGGGAAGUAAAAGGAGACAUUGAAAAGAUGAGAUCAGAAUACGAGAUCCAAAUAGCUGAAUCUGAUAUGGUGAUAAGAAAGCUUAAAGACAAGUAUACCUUAUCAAUGGAAGCGUUGAGAAAACUCAGAGAAGAACAAGAAGAGUUGAAGAUAGAGCUCAGAGAAGUAUCAAAGCUGAAGAGUAAGAACGAGGAAGAGGAAGCGUCUCCCUCUAACCACCGUGAACCGCCUCAGUACUUCAUCUGUCCCAUUACACAGGAUAUAAUGGAGGAUCCACAUGUAGCAGCAGAUGGUUUUACAUAUGAAGGAGAAGCAAUAAGGAGUUGGUUCGAGAGAGGACACGAGACUUCUCCAAUGAUAAACAAAAGGCUUCCUCACACGACCUUAGUUCCAAAUCUUGCUCUUCGAUCCGCAAUCCAAGAAUGGCUUCAAGUUCCAGAAUCAUUGAACAGAUCAUGUGAUUCGCAUUAAUCAGAGAUCAUAAAUCAAAACAUUUUUAAUUUUUUCAAUUCAAAUUUCCCUGAUUUUCUUAAUAUAUAUCUAUGCACUGAGCGGUACAACACAUAUGCUUCGUAGUUAAUAGUUGUUACUCUAUACUACCAGUUUUGUUGGUAUGGUCAUUCUUUAAUUGGGUGGUUACACAUGUAUAUAUAUACUAUAUAUAGAUCUGUUCAUAGUAUUUCAUAAAAA